GUACCCAGAGACCCGGAGACCCGGAAUGCCCAGGAUUGCAGGCGGUAGUUGCGUUGCUUCUGGCUUGUAGGUUAUGUAACGUAGUUUUGGUGCAUGUAUAUGUUAAGAGCCUCAGUCAACCGGUCAAUAUGGGAGAACGUAAAGGUACCAAUCAUUACUACCCUCCUGACUAUGACCCCAGGAAAGGUGGCCUUAACAAGUUCUUGGGAACCCAUGCCCUCAGGGAACGUGCUAGAAAAAUUAGUAUGGGUAUACUUAUCAUCCGAUUUGAAAUGCCAUUCAACAUUUGGUGUAACGGAUGCGGGAAUCACAUUGGCAUGGGUGUUCGGUAUAAUGCUGAGAAAAAGAAAAUUGGUGAUUACAUCACUACCCCAAUCUGGAGCUUUAGAAUGAAAUGUCAUCUUUGCCCCAACUAUAUUGAAAUAAAAACUGAACCAAAGACAAGUGAAUAUAUAAUUGUGUCGGGUGCUCGACGACAAGAGAACCGUUGGGACCCAAAAGAGAAUGAGCAAGUUGUACCAGAGGAUAAGAGUACAUCGAAAAGGCUGUUUGAUGAUGCCAUGUUCAGAUUGGAGCAUGGUUAUGGAGACAAGAAACAGGCAGAUGGUAUUCAGCCCACUCUUGCUAAAUUAACAGCAAAGCGGCAGAAACUGUGGCAGGAUGACUAUGCUGCGAACUGUGUGCUGAGACAGCAAUUCAGGGAAAAGAGCAAUGAGUUGAAGGCAAAGGAUGCGAAGGAUGCAGCUAUACUCCAGAAGUCAAGUCUGCAGUUAAACCUUCUACCGCUGUCAGAAGAAGAUAGGUUGAAAGCAGGACAACUCUAUGAGUCUGCUACACAAUAUCAUCAAGCAAAAAAGACUCCUAGUAGACAGAAGGCAUUGAGCAAUAAGUCACUGAGUUGCUUUGACGAAUGCAGCAGGGGACCUAACAUGGAUAAAGAAUUUGCAGAAAGUAAUCUCACAAGGCUUAUUAUAAUGAGUAGUAUACGACAGAAGUCGCUCAGUGACAAAGAUGCUGAGUGUGAGGACAAAUCUUGUAUUUUAGAUGACAAGCAUUCUGCUACACUUCCAUCAAAGAUGGAUGAAGGAGUCACUGCUGAUGAUGCUAUUGUUGGCAGUUCUGAAUGCUCCAAGAGUAUUAGUGAGAAAUCAGAAUUAGGUAGCAGAAAUGUUCAUACUUGUGAUUGUUCAGUGAAUACCAACAGUGCUGCCCAUCCCAAAAUGAACAUUAAUGCUCCCUUUUCCACCAAGGGAUCUCUAGUCAGCCAUACCAUGAACUCAGAAACUGAUAUUCCGGUCAGCAAUGUUUCAUUGGUUUCACAAGAUUAUAAUUCCUCCAGUUCAGAUGACAGCAGCUCUUGAUAGGCAGAUAUGACCUUGUGGCUUUUAAAAUGUUGGAGCAGUUACCUGGAGUGCCAAUAAAAGCUGGUCCAUGUGAAAUCUGCAGGUAAAAGAUCCAAAAGUGAUGUAGAUUCAUUUCUGAUGGCUAAUGAAAAUAUUCAUUGACUGUUGCACUCCAGGCUUACCUUCUUCCUCUCAUAUUUUUGAUGGAUAUUCAUAUGUUAACCUCCUUCAUGCCAGUAGCUGCUCAUUGCCCUAAUUAAAUACAGUGGAACCUCACUUAACGAGCAUACUUCGUUCUAGAAUCUUAUUCGUAAUGCGAAACACUCGUUAAGCGAAACAAUUUUUCCCAUAUAAAUUAAUGUAAAAUACGAUAAUGUGUUCCAU